AUUUUUUUGCAGAUUUUUAUAUUCGUCCGACAUUGAUAAUUCUUGUAAUGAUUCUUGGAGCAAGAACAUUUUGUGGAUGGUUGUUGCUUUCUAUCUACUUGAUAUACAAAUGUAGAAGAAGACAUUUGUCUGUGUUUGAUGCUAUCGAAAGCUUCCUCCAAACUCAAAAUAACCUUGUGCCCAUUAGCUACUCUUAUUGGGAAAUUCGUACAAUGACAAAAUGGUUCAAGAAUAAACUAGGGGAAGGAGGAUUUGGCUCUGUGUACAAAGGAAAGCUUCGAAGCGGUAACGAUGUUGCAAUAAAAAUGUUAGAAAAUAGCAAAGCGAAUGGGCAAGAUUUCAUCAACGAAGUAGCCACAAUCGGAAGAAUUCACCAUGUUAACGUGGUUCAACUUAUUGGGUUUUGUGCUCAAGGCUCCAAACGUGCCCUUGUCUACGAUUUCAUGCCCAAUGGCUCCUUGGAGAAGUACAUCACCUCUUCUCAAGUGGGUCAGUCGUCUUUGAGUUGCGAACAAAUGUACAAUAUCUCGCUUGGAAUCGCAAGAGGAAUUGAGUAUUUGCACCAAGGCUGUGACAUGCAAAUCCUUCAUUUCGAUAUCAAGCCUCACAACAUUCUUCUAGAUGAAAACUUUACGCCUAAAGUUUCAGACUUUGGGCUUGCAAAGCUGUACCCAGUUCAAAACAGUAUCGUAUCCCUAACUGCUGCAAGAGGAACCAUGGGUUACAUGGCUCCGGAGUUGUUCUACAAAAACAUUGGAGGGAUUUCAUAUAAAGCGGAUGUUUACAGCUUUGGGAUGCUCUUGAUGGAAAUGGCUGGAAGGAGGAGAAAUUUAAAUGUAAACAUGGAAACAUUGAGCCAAAUUUACUUUCCGUCGUGGAUAUAUGAUCAAUUCAAAGAAGGAAAGGAGGUGGAUAUGGGGGAGAGUAGAGUUGAGGAAGUGGAGAUGGUGAAGAAGAUGGUGAAGAAGAUGGUGAUUGUGGCAUUGUGGUGCAUACAAUUGAAGCCGAGUGACCGACCCUCAAUGAACAAGGCACUUGAGAUGCUCGAAGGAGGCCUUGACCUAUUGCAAAUGCCUCCUAAGCCUUUCCUCACUCCCUACGAUAUGCCAAAUCCGGGAAAUUAGUUAUUUACUAUGAUGCAUUUGUAUUUUAUAGUGUGAGUUUUAUUACUAGUUACAACUCAAUACUUACAAUAUAUUUGAUAAUGGAGUUUGUUAUAAAGUUUGUCAAAUGUUUUGGAGAAUAAAAAAAUCUCAUGAUAUAGUGAUAUCAAAACUUAAUUUUGAAUUUUAUUUACUCU